AAACCAGGGCCGCGGGAACGAACGCCCCACGGAGCUACUACUGCGAGACCAGGCCGGGGCCCCCAUCUCCUCCCCACAGCUGUCGCAGGAGCCGAAAACUACAGCUCCCGGCAUGCCGUGGACUUGACGGCCCUGGCGCUGAGGCGGAGCCCCGCCUUCCUCCGGCCGGACCCUCACUCCAAGCCGGCUCCUGCUGCUGUCCCGGCCGCGCGCCUGGCAAGGACGCGAGCCAUGGAGGAGACGCCGCCCCUGCUGCCGAGCUCCAGCAAGCCGCACCUAGAGAAGCUGACCCUGGGCAUCACCCGCAUCCUAGAAUCUUCUCCAGGUGUGACAGAGGUGAACAUCACUGAAAAAGCACCUGCUGAACGUCAUAUGAUUUCUUCCUGGGAACAGAAAAAUGACUGUGAGAUGCCUGAGGAUGUGAAGAACUUUUACCUGAUGACCAAUGGCUUCCACAUGACCUGGAGUGUGAAGCUGGAUGAUAACAUCAUUCCCCUGGGCAGCAUGACAAUUAACAGCAUCUCCAGACUGACUCAGCUCAACCAGUCUUCCAUGUACUCACUUCCUAAUGCACCAACUCUGGCAGACCUGGAGGAUGACAUACAUGAAGGCAAUGAGGACCAGCCAGAAAAACCACACUUUGAUUCUCGCAAUGUGAUAUUUGAGCUGGACUCCUGCAAUGGAAAUGGGAAGGUUUGCCUUGUCUACAAAAGUAGGAAACCAGCAUUAGCCCAAGACACUGAGAUCUGGUUCCUGGACAGAGCAUUAUACUGGCAUUUUCUCACAGAUACCUUCACAGCCUAUUACCGUCUGCUCAUCACCCACCUGGGCCUGCCCCAGUGGCAGUAUGCCUUCACCGGCUAUGGCAUUAGUCCCCAGGCCAAGCAAUGGUUCAGCUUGUAUAAACCCAUCACCUAUAACACAGACCUGCUCACAGAAGAGACUGACUGCUUUGUGAACAAGCUGGAUCCCAGCAAAGUGUUUAAGAGCAAGAAUAAGAUUGUAACCCCCCAGAAGAAAGGACCUGUGCAGCCCACAGGAGGACAGAAGGGGGCCUCUGGUUCCUCCACCUCUAAAUCCUCCUCUGGCUCUGGAAACUCCAUCCGGAAAUGAGCAUUUGACCUCAUCACUGUAGCAGUCUCCAUGUGCAGUUGGCUCCACCCUCCUUCUGAAUGUGUAGAACUACAGGCUUCUUCCCAUGUGAAUGGCCACAACCCUAAGCCUGUUUCUAAUGACAGCAGCCAGGAGUCAGAAGGACACAGCAAAGUCUCCCCCAGCUUCCCCUCACCCCUUCUUAAUGCAGAUGUUCCAUCGCUGAGUCCAUAAGACGUGGGGAUGUCCAGAUCUCGUUAAAGUGGCCAAAUAAAGCUACUGAGAGCUUU